GCAGUGCUAAUUUUCCGCAUUGGGCUCUUUCACGCUUCCUCAUUGACAGCGCCUAAAGAAAGACAGCAACGACACACUGUUUCAUUUGCACUCUUAACAGUUUUUAUCACGGUUUUAACGUAUUAUUUAUCUGAAACAACUCGGAAGUCUUCUUCAAAAGUCUUGGAAAGUUCAGAAAUGUCAAAGCCUCCCCCCAAACCAGCUAAACCAGGCCAGGUCAAGGUGUACAGGGCUUUAUUCACCUUUGACCCAAGGACGCCAGAUGAACUGUACUUUGAGGAAGGAGAUAUUUUGUACAUCUCGGAUACAAGUGACAGUAACUGGUGGAAGGGGACAUGCAGGGGAAGGACUGGUCUUAUUCCCAGUAAUUAUGUGGCUGAGCAAGCAGAGUCCAUAGACAACCCCAUGCAUGAAGCAGCCAAGCGAGGUAAUCUGAGCUGGCUCAGAGAGUGUUUGGAUAAUAAGGUUGGCAUCAACGGACUGGACAAAGCCGGGAACACCGCUCUCUACUGGGCCUGUCACGGAGGACAUAAAGAUGUGGUGGAGAUUUUGCUGAGUCAGCCGAACUGUGAGCUCAAUCAGCAGAAUAAACUGGGAGACACGGCUCUACACGCAGCUGCCUGGAAGGGUUACUCCGAUAUCGCUGAAAUGUUGCUUAAUAAAAAUGCCAGGACAGACGUGCUUAACAAUGAGAAGAAGACCGCUCUGGAUAUGGCCACCAAUGCACAGUGUGCCUCUCUGCUGAAGAGGAAGCUGGUGGGAGGAGUGAUUCUCCGCACCCACAGUAACGCCGAGGAGUAUCUCGAUGAUGAAGACUCUGACUGAGAGAAGAGCAGCACUAAUGUCCAUUCAUUCCUACAUUCACUCCAACACAACAUGUAUAUAGAUCAGAUUAUAUGUGCGAGAAAGAUUACUUACAAGAUUACUUACAGGGGGGGGGGGGGUGAUAUGAAAGCUGGUUGUCUUCUUUCUUCUUCAUUCCAGUUCAUUGUAAACGUAUUGCUGUACAUGUUUAGGUUGGACACGGUGAACAUUUGUUCUUCUGUUUGCUGCUCCUCUCUUAACUGUAUUUAUUCCACAGAACUGUCUUUUUGAUUUUAAAGUGCCUUCUUUAACAGGGAGAUGGCCCAGAAUGC